AUGUCAAGGGAGUACCUUGAAAAGGUCCACUCGGACUUCGCUCAGGAAGGUGGGACAUGCAAGAUUCUGUGUGCAACGUCUGCAGAAGCAGUGGGAAUCGACUUUCCUGACGUUGACAUUGUCGGAUACAUGGAUAUCCCCCAGGAUGAGUGCGAUGAUCUGCAAAGGGGUGGCCGGGUGAUUCGGAGACCUGGACAAUAUGGUCUCUAUGUGAUAUUUUAUGAACCGUUGGUUCUUGAAAUUGACGUCAAGGAUUUUGACAACCCAGAUAUGGACUAUAACGAUCCUGAUCGUCCGCGAGGACCGCUAAAGCCAACAUCAAAUAAAAAGGAACGGGCGGCACUCUCAGCAAUACGCCUCAUCCAAAGGCAUGGCCCCCAAUGUAUCCGUGAAUUCAAGGCUAACUACUUGCAAGACAAUGCACCUGAUGCGCUCCAUUAUUCUGGUCCAUUCUGUUGCGACCGCCAUAACGAUGCUUUUAACCUGCAGAAUUUCCUUCCUGGUCCAAUCUACAACCCUCAGUCAUCAGAAGCAUCGUCAAAACGUAAACCAAAUCGCGAGAAGUACCGCCUACCAAAAGCCCAUCGUAUCAUCUUACAGCGGCGUCUUGAGGACUGGCGGAGAACAGAACAUGAGGCUGAUGCACUGAAGUCGGUCCGACCUCGAUAUUUCAUUCUUUCAGAUUCACACAUUGUCACUCUUGCCAAGACACGUGCAGAACUUGUAUCUUCGUCCGCUGCUUACAUCGACGCUUGCUCAUUGUAA